AAAAAUGGCAGCAGCAGUGCGAAGCAUGGCGCUCAGCCAAAACCUGCACAACAUUAUGCCGGGAAACUGUGGACUUGCGUUGCAGCAGAAACCGCUCGGUACGUCGCAGUUGACGAACAAUCCGGGUGCCCUGCUCGGCAAACAGCGUCCGCUGGCGCCGGCUCCAUCGACGGUGAUGGGCCACCGGGGCACCGCGGCAAAAGUCGUCACCUCCGCCGGAGUUACCGGUGGUGGACCGGUCGUGAGCAGUACGAAGAAGUACGCAUACUGUGGCUUACCGUACGCAACACCGCAACAAUCAGCCUCGGUUCAGCGGCGAAAUGCACGCGAACGGAACCGCGUCAAGCAGGUGAACAAUGGUUUUGCCAACCUGCGCCAACACAUCCCAUCAACCGUGGUGACCGCACUGACCAAUGGUACGCGCGGUGCCAACAAGAAGCUGAGCAAGGUCGACACGCUCCGGCUGGCGGUGGAGUACAUCCGGAGCCUGCAGCGCAUGCUGGACGAGAACGGUGGUGAGCUGGUCGCACCGACCAAGCAACAGAUUGGCUCCACCGUUACCUCCAAUCAACUGUCUAACAGUUCGGUCUGUUCUGCGUCUUCCGGCGGUUCCACCUACUACGGUACGAUGUCCGAACCGUCGAAUGCAUCUUCGCCUGCACCGUCCCAUCUGUCCGAUCAUUCGUCGCACGGUGGUGCAACCGGUGGAUGUUACGCACCGAUGUCCGGUAGCUUCAAGCACGAACCGUACGACAUCUACGUCGAUCCGUCCAGCUCGCCAACACCUUCAUUCGGUUCGGACCAUGGUAUCGGUGGUGUUACGUCCUCGGUACAUCUGCAUGCCGCUCACCAAACGGUGCUUGGUUCGACGACCGACAACAACAACUACAUCCUCGCUCAACACCAACAACAGCAACAGCAGCAACAACAGCAGCAACAGCAUCAACAACAGCAGCAGUACCACAACCAUACACAUCACCCAACGGUACAGUUCAAGACCGAAAUGUACGAGGAUUCCCCAUACGACGAAGAACUCAGCCCACAGAAUCCAGACGAUGAGGAGCUGCUCGAUGCCAUCUCCUGGUGGCAGCAGCAGUAAACACCGCUGCCUCCUACACGCCCUCCUCCAUCUGUUCUACCGAAGCGGCAGUGCCAAAGUUUCUCCUUUCGUUCCGCGACGCGUCGGAUUGAUCUCCGAGGGAACGAGUCUAGUCAAUGGGCGUGAGCUCCACCCAAAAUCACCCAACAAAAACACACACAUCUCGUCGUGCGGAAGCCGAACAACAAAAGGCCGCAGCAAAAUUUACAAAAGCCGAGAACAAAAUGGGAGAGAAAAAUUAAACAAAAAACAGCAACGACAAAAACACAAGUCUGUGCAUACCCCCAGUGCCCUUACGAUGUAAUUUCGCUUCUAGGAUGUAAUUGUACCAAUCGCGGAUCGAUGUUUUAUGCUCGUUAAUAGCUACUGUUAUACGUUACUUUAUCUUUAUUGUCUCAAUGGAUUUGUACGUCACCGGUACAACGCACUAAAGUUUAUUUAUAGUUAGCUUUUAUUUCUAUUUUAUUUUAUUAUAUAAAAUAACGCAAUCCACGCAAAGGGUAGUUCAAGCACAGCGCUUAGUCAUUCGUUGGAACCUUUUUUUUCUUCUUCUUGCAAUCACUUGCAAAGAAAACCAGUGAAUAUGUCGGUGACGAUUAAGUUUCUGCAAACAAAAAAACAAAAAACAAAACCCGCCCAAUUGUGCUACUCCCUUGAACGGGCUCGAGUUAGUUUAGUGCGUAAGUUGUUAAGUACUGUUUGUCGGCCAUUUCGCCAUAUUAUAAAGGCGUUGAAAGAGAUCAUUAUUGUACAUAACUAAUUAACUAACGUUACGUUGUACGUCGUAAUUAAUAAAAGAAAUUUUACAAGAAAACAAAAACCUUCCCAGAAAAGAAAAACACUCUCUCUUCAC